GCUACCCUAUCGUUCGAUAAAUGUCCCAAGUUCCACUUCUUCUCUUCUCAUCGACUCUUGCGCCUUGGUUAAGUUCGCUCAUCCCACCCUACCUAAUUGAAUUGAAUCAAAUUGAAUUGAAUGACUCGGCGAUUCCAUUCUCCGGGUUCUUAAGCUCCCCUCCUCUUCACCCCGCCGUACACAUGUCGUCAACGGAGCUUCCUUCCUCCACCCCCAGUUCGAGAUCCACAUCUCGUUCUCGACAAUCCAUUCAUCAAUCAACAGCAUCGUACUUUUCUUAUCCCGUCACACAUGUCGUUUCAGGUCUCUACCGCCGUUUGACUGACCCUCCCGCCUCCAAAUCAAAGAACAACAUGAAGCGCAACCAAGACUCCUCCAUGACCGCCCCAGACGACUCCGCCUCGUCAUCCCAGGUCUUCACCCCCGUUCGAACCGCAUCGCCCUUCCAACCCCCACCGCUCACCCCUCUCACUCUCACGGGUGACCCCUCCAACCUCCAACAACAGCUUCUAACCCGCGCCCUGGCAGAGGAGAUCCGACUGCUUGUCCCAGCCCGCCUCCAACUCGUCGACACCUGGCGUCUAGCCUACAGCCUUGAUCGGGACGGCGCCUCGCUCGCUACCCUGUAUGAGAACUGUCGAGAAAUGUCUCACCGCAGCCCGCGGGCGGGCUACGUCCUCAUCAUCCGCGACUCCUCCCCCUCCGGCGCUGUCUUUGGCGCUUACAUGACCGACCCCCCGCACCCAAAUUCCCACUACUACGGAACAGGCGAAUGCUUUCUCUGGCGCGCGAGCAUUCUCCCACCCCCCACGAACCUGAACCUUGUUCGCGAUAGCCCCCCGUCCGAGGACUUGCUCGAACUCGCCGGCCUGCCACCACCACCUAGCGCGGAUACUACACAUGCUGGGCGAUCCACGACUCUGCGCGGCGAUAAGAAAUUGGGUGGAGAUACCAAGUUGGCGCCUCCACAGCUUAAUGGACUUGCUAGUGGUACUAGUACCCCCGAAAGGAUUCGGUUUAAAGCGUUCCCCUACAGUGGUGUGAAUGAUUAUAUGAUGUUUUGUGAGACGGGAUUCCUUAGUUUGGGUGGAGGAGAUGGCCAUUAUGGUCUUUGGGUGGACUCAAGUCUUGAGAAAGGCGUCAGUGCUGGGUGCCAGACAUUCGGCAAUGAGCCUUUGUCAGACGAAGGUGUUAAGUUCGAUGUCCUUGGCAUAGAAGUGUGGUACGUUGGUGCGUGAAACAUAAUCGGUUGGCUAUCCCUGGAUUUAAAUCGCAAGUGGAGUAUCUUCCUAGAUUGUGGUAUGUGUUGGACGUUUGGUGCAUUGCUUAGUACGCCAGUUAGCCGGUCUUGCUUUGGGCAUAUCUCUACCCUACUUUUAAUACCCGUACACGAUGUGGCUGGGCUCAUCGUGUCAUGCACCGUUGGUGAAUCUUACAUAGUUCCGAAAAUGGAGAAACCAACUUUAUUACUUCUCCA